CGAAUCUCUCUCCCGACUGAUUGCAUACUCGCGACUUCAGCUUCGCCUUCUUGGCGAAAUCUUUGCCCUCCAACGUGCUGCUAGCGGACCAUUGUCUGAUUGCUGUGGUCCUAGACGGUCGUUGAGGCCCCUCCUCCGGGAGCAAGCCGAUGAGUCGCCUUGGAUCUGCACACGCGUAUCGCACGACCCUCGGCAAAUAGGCCGCUUAAGCUGUUAGCAUCGCGGCGCCUCGCCUGACAGCUUUGCGCUUGGAGCACAACGCCAAGGAGCAUCUGAAUUGGUUGCAAGAGGUCGAGCUCUGCGCAUUCGAAUGCUUUGAUCUGCCGUCAUGUAUGGGGGAGACUCAGAUGGCUGGAAAACAAUCUCACCGCACUCGUCGCAGCAGUCCGCCCGCGACGCCUCAAGGCGGCCGGACGAUGUGAUGUUCGCAAGUAGCUCUGCUUCGAGCACGCUGAUGGGAGCAUUCGAGGGCUUCGAAAAUCGCGCAUCUGUUCCGCCGCUUCGCACAGGCGGUGCACCACCUCAACCAUCCCAGAACGCAACUGCAGCAUCUGCUCUUCAGCACAAUGCCCGCCAAGGUGAUACCAGUCGGCGAUCGGGCGACCCAGCGUCAGGAGAUGUAUCCGGACCUUCCGCUUUUGACGCUUUUUCUCAGCCAAGCCUCGAAGACUCAAGCGAUUUCAUGAUGGACCAUCUGGGCGGACAAGUAUCAAACGUUGCGCCUGCGGAGUUCCUGCAUGCUCUGAACCCACAGACCGAAUCGCAUGCCUUCCCUCAGUCGGAUCAGCUUGCCGAUUUCAUCAUGAAAAACUUUGGUCAUGGGGAGGGAGCGUAUUCACAAGCUAGGUCGCUGCAAGCUGGACCAUCGAGCUGGAGUCUAGCUCCGAGUGAUCACCACGAAGGCUCCUCUGAACCGUGGCGCUCAUCUCAGGGCGCUCAUACAGUCGGACGAAGCCACGGAAGCCAGGGGCUUCAAAGCCCUCUGACGGCUUCUGUGGCGGGGCCUCUGCAGCGCCCACAUCGACCGGCAGCGCUGGACCUCUCCCGCGAUGCUGCACGAGAAGGACAGCUGCUAGGCGUUGAUAAUGCACAUUCAGGCGGCACGCGGUCACAGGACAGGACGCCUUCCAGAGCUGAGCAUCUUCAACCGAGCGCGGAUGUCUUUGUCCAGUCUCACAGUACGCUGGAGACAGAGCUCCGGACACCUCAGGCACCAAAUCGCUUUUACAACGUUCCCGGACUUCACCCUCCUCUGUUCGACGGCCAAAGCUCGCACGAGGGCGAUGAUCUUGGACACACCACAGAGUACUCGGGGCGCUUGGUCGGCGUGAAUGAUCAAGCUAGCGCAACUCGCGUAAAUGAUCCUACGCAACUGCACAGCCGUGGCUUCGCAGAGGGAACUUCGACAUUGCCGCAUGCCUUCUUGCCGUUAUUUGGCAGCAUGCACGGAGAAUCUCACCCAUCCUCCUCGGAUGGUCCUCAGGACUCUGAGCAGCUGAUGCACGCAACGCAUUUAGGACAGCCUCCACGGUCCCCGCCCUUCCAAUUGCCUGUAGGUGCCGAAUCUCACACUUCCAUCGGUUCAAGUCCAUCCACGCUCUCGGCUGCCUUUUCACAGACUCCUAGCCGCUCAAGCAGUCACAGUGGACCCUCCUCGACGCCACUCGACUAUUCGGCGAUUGCUUCGGGGCCUGGUCCGAGCCCAGCAGCGUCUAAUCCAUCGAGGCUUUCUAGCAGGUCGAGCUUUUCAGAACUCUCCCAAUCAAGCAUGCGCAGCGUUGCGGAGCGGCAAACCCGGCCAAACAGCCGGCCUUCGGGGAGGAGCGGUGACUGGCAACAUCAAAGCUUUGCUGAUCCUCAAUCUGCAUGGCAGUCCUUCGACAGCGAAAUGGGGAGUAGCGAGCAUUCUAGGCACUUGGAGGAGGCGCUGCACAACAUGGGCCAUCAUCCCAACCACGAGCAAUUCUAUCUGGCGUCCACGGCAGGGCUGGCCCAACGUCCUAUGGAGUAUGACAUGGCUUAUGCAGAUCACAACCUUGCUCACGCCUUGGCAGCCAACGCUCAUAUAGGUUCUCAAACCAAUCGAGAUGGCGGCAGCACACCAACCAUCAUGGAGGAAGACGAGGGGCCCCCGGGCACCCACCAUUCUAGAGGUCAGCACCAGCUUCCUCUUGUUUCCCACUCCAUGGCCCCUCAAGCAGGUUCCUUGAUCGGUCAUCAGCAGGCCCAGCAAAUGGCUGCUCAGCACUAUCAGCCCUCGCUUGAAAGUGCGGCGUAUCCCAAUGUAGCUCACCAUGCGUCCCAACAGCCACUGUCCUUCUAUUUUGGUGAGGGCGGGCACGGUGGCGGUCAAUUGCGCUUCGAUCAAGGGUCGCCGAAUCGCGCACAGCGCGCUUCUGGUGCUGCAUCGUCGCCCAGUGGGUCGAGGCGCUCUGCGUUUGUUCCUUCGCAGACUGUUCAGGCAGCCAGCGGCAGAUUAGGAGUCAUGCGGUCAGAUGGCUUUCCUGUCGGUCAUAGUGGUCUUUCGGGCAUUGGUCCAGCCAGAACGGCAGUGGUGCUCAAGAGAGCGUACCGUCCGGGCAUUCACCCAAGCACGCUUCAGCAAGCGUCCUUUCUGCGGAUGGCGAGCAAUCCGACAAUGUCUCCCGCGCUUUCAGGCGACGCCGAACCGACUGAUUGCCUGAGCUUCAUUUCCGACACGAUGGACAAUUACCUGUCAAGCUCAAGUCGACUCGGUCUCGGCGAGCGCACUGUCCUGGUGAUGACCAGCAAAGUCGGACAGAAAAGCUAUGGCGUCGAGAAGCGCUUUCUUUGUCCUCCGCCCAUGGUCGUGCUGAUUGGUAGCAGCUGGUGGACAUCGGCGCAGAAACCCACUCCCACUUUCGUAGACGGUCCUGGAACCAUGUCCGAACAUGCCAUGGGGGUCGCUCCCCCACGAGUGGUCGUGAGCAUUAGUGGCGAACAGCAUUCGAUUCAGGAUGGAUCACUCGAAUGGGCCGCAAACAGUGGUCGCUUGAUUGACGUCAGCGGGAAUGGCUCCACUGAGUUAGCAAUCUCUGGCAGAUGCAUCGCCAAGCAGCUCUUCAUCAACGACCUCGAUGAAAAACGCCGAUACUGCGAGGCAAACGUCACGAUUAGCAUGCCCGGUCGCAAUCCAGACGAGCACCAUCUCCUCGGACACUUUCCGAGCAAGCAGAUCAAAGUCAUCAGCAAGCCAAGCAAGAAACGCCAAAGCGCGAGAAAUGCUGACUUGUGUGUCAAUCACGGCACGACAAUCUCGCUUUUCCAUCGCCUGCGAGGUCAAACGGUCUCGACGCGUUAUCUUUGCGUGUCUGGAGCUCCAACGUGGCUCAAGGGAUCUGAUGGCCAGACCUUCACUACAGCUGCGCAAGAAACUUCUUUGCCUAGCACGUCGGAGCCUCCUUCCUGCUUCAUGGCAAAAAUAUCCAGUUGGGACGCCUUCAUCGUGUAUCUCGUGGAUCCAGCUAAAUCGACGUUGAGUCACAAGGCCACACCAGAGUCCGAGGCAGCCCGCUUUCCCACGCCACCCGAAUGCGCUUAUCCCGCCACGGCGUACGGCGCAGCACCUAGACCGAUCCAUUACAAUCAGCCAGUCGUGCUGCAGUGCCUGCAGACUGGCGUUGUGAGCCCCGUGAUGGUGAUUCGUAGGGUGGACAAGGGUACGACAGUGAUGGGUGGAAGCAGGACGUUCGGAUCCGAGGGCUUCUAUCCUUGCAGCGAAGCGCUCGGCGAUCCUGUCUCUCAGCUGCACAAGAUUGCGUUGGAGGUGCUUGACAACUUCAAAGUCCCAGCUCCGGACCCAAACGUUCGCCAUCCCUCGGGAGAGCUUCGGCCGCCAGGAGACAGCCGUCCAUUCCUCUCAUGCAACAAUGAUCAGGUCGGCAUGCGCAAUCCUGAUGAGCCUCGUCGAUGGGUGCCGAACGUGGGCGGUAUUUCCGCUCCCACGACCCCAAUCACACCAAUGACAUUCCCUCAGCACGACGCCAUGAUGCUCGACGAGUCGAAGAAGUUCCUCGGCACGCCCCCAACCAGUCCCACUGCUGCGACGGCUGCGGCGUACGCAGCUGCACAGACCAGGCAUAGCGUAGCGCAAGCUCGUCACCAGCCAUCGAUUGGCAGUGGACUUUCGAUGAGCUCCAAUGUCGCGUCUCAGGGCGUGGGAUCUGCCUCGCAGGAGUCUGGGGCAUCAACAUCCUCGGCCGCCGACUCCUCAAAGGCUCGUAGGCCGCGGCGAGUCUCUUCCUCUGUCAUACAACACAAGGAACGCGCUGCGCAGAAUGCCGCUAGCAAAAGCAGACGCAGAGGCCAGUCCAUGUCGACAGUCAAUCACAUACAGCAGCUGUCGGGCACUGGCAGUGCCUCCGGCACAAGCUCGCCUGGCAAAGGCGAACAUCUGCGUCGAACCAGCUCGUUUGCGACGUCUGCUGGUUCCACAGAGUCCUCUGUCGGAGGUCCUCCUGCCGGAUCGACGUGGUCCAUCGAAGUCAAGGACACUGACAUUUGGACCAUCGUAGGCACCGACAUCGCUCGACACACUUUCUACAUCCCGCCUAGGAUUGUUGACGGCAUUAGACCUAAGGCGCCGAAAGCGGAUCGCAGUGUCGCUCAUUUAAUCACAGUGCCAACACCGAGAGAGCCCAUCACACCGAUUCCCGUGCUUCACCACUUCACCGCCCCACAGCGGACACGGACACAAUUUGCACACACCGCGAGCCCCGCCUCGCGCACAACUAGUGGAAGCGAAUGGAUCACGCUCUUUGGUGAAAAUUUUGGUCACAACCUCUUCGUCUACUUUGGCGACUGGCGCUGUGACCAAGUCGAAAGGCAGUCCACGACUACCUGGCUUUGCGCCCCUCCUCCCUCGCACGACGUCAGUGUGGGCGGCGAAGUUCUCCGCGGGCCUUCGCCUAUCACGCUCGUGAGACAUGACGGGGUGAUUUUCCCCACGGAUCACAUUUAUCGGGGCUAGACUACCGGGUCACUCUCCUGACCGCGUCAAUGCUCCUUUGUGACACGUAUCGAGCCCCUCGUCCAUGACGAUACCACCCGACCUACGGACGAUACCCUCCUGCAUCAUCUAGCACCUUUGACAUUCCCAAAUUUCUCCGCUUCGCUCAACGUUUUCAGCUCCACUUGCACAUCUCGCUUCGAUUCGCAUCGAGAGCUCGCCAGAAGAUCCCUUGUCGAAGCGCACCUGUAACAGUAGCCUCCAACGUGGAUGAACCUGCCAAGUCUUCUUUUCGCCGGUCCAAAACUUUCUUUAGCCAGCGGAUUCAGAGUGCUGCGCUGACACUCACACUCACUUGUGCAACAUACCUUUACUGGCGGCGCCGGGCCGCGAGGCCGAGGCUUGACGCAAUGUUAUUCAUCGGAG